AUGCAGAGGGAUCACUUCAUCUACGGGGCUGGCCGACGACUUUGCCCAGGAAUCCAUCUGUCGGAGCGCAGCAUGUUCAUCGGAGCAGCGAAGCUCUUAUGGGGGUUUCAGUUCGAGCCGGAGGUCAAUGAGUCGAAGAAGCCGAUCCCAAUUGACACCGAUCCUAUUACGGGUUACACCGAGGGGUUCCUUGUAUCUCCACGGACGUACAAAUGUAAAACUGUGCCUCGCUCCGCUGCGAGGGCCGAGACGAUCCUACGCGAGUUCGCCCGGGCCAAGGCCGAGAUUCUUUGUCAAUAUGCGAUGCCAUAA